CCUCGUGAACGCAAUAUCGCGGCUGUUGGGGUUUCUUACUGGUUUACAGUGUAACUUUAUUUUUAUCUCAGUUUCAAAUGAUUAUAGGAAGUUAGUUUGCUUCAAAGGAUUGCAUUCAACAUGCGACUAACUAGAAGAUUAUUACGAGACAUCGGGAGUCUCAUUCAACGCUACAGCCGUUACCAACAGUCUAUUUUAUCUAUCGAACAGUAUACUUCCUUCGGUAAAAGAGCCAAGACCCUAGAUUCCUACAAAUUUGGUAAACAUGAGCUCCCCAUACGACUCGCACAUAUCAUUAGAGAAAUUGACCUUUUACCCAAGAAUCUCCUUAAAACGCCAUCUGUAGAGUUGGUAAGAAGUUGGUAUGUACAGAGUUUUUCAGAAUUGGUUGAGUUUGAAGAUGAAAACGGCGAUGAAGAAACAGCAAAUAGAUUUACAGAUAUGCUAGCAAAAAUUAAGCAAAGACAUAAUAAUGUUGUAGAAACUAUGGCACAGGGUAUAAUGGAACUCAGAGAAAGAGGAGGAAAGGAUGUAUUACACCCUUCUAUACAGUAUUUCCUAGACCGCUUUUACAUGAAUAGGAUCGGCAUCAGAAUGCUUAUCACUCAACACUUAAUGUUGUUUGGUCAUGAAGCAGCAUUGAGCUCCAGGAGUAAUUUUGUCGGCUGUUUUGAAGAUGAUUGUCAUGUAGCUUCUAUUGUGGAAGAUGCUGCAGAUAAUGCAAGAUAUUUGUGUGAGCAAUACUACUGUGCUUCUCCAGAGCUAGAAAUAACAGAACACAAUGCUAUUGAUCAGAAAUCACAUGUUACAUUCUCCUACCUUCCUGCUCAUCUCUAUCACAUGCUAUUUGAAUUAAUAAAGAAUGCAAUGAGAGCAGUAACUGAAAAUUACUCCACAAGUGUUGAGAUGCCACCAGUACAAGUAUUAAUUACAAAAAGCAAGCAAGACCUUACCAUAAAGAUUUCAGACCGUGGUGGUGGAAUCCCAAAAUCCAGGAUAGAUGAAGUUUUUGAGUACCACUAUUCCACUGCACCUCAACCAUCAGCGUCAGGACAUGUUGCUCCAUUGGCAGGUUAUGGGUAUGGCUUACCAUUAUCAAGACUCUAUGCCAAGUACUUUGAUGGCGAUUUACAGAUUUAUUCCAUGGAAGGCUAUGGUACAGAUGCCAUGAUCUGGCUCAAGGCCUUAUCAAGUGAUGCAAGCGAAGUGUUACCAGUCUACAACACAAGAACUCCAAAGAACUAUGAAGAAGUCAAAGGAUUCAAUUAUGCACGUGAUUGGAGUUCCUCAAAAUUUUACGGCAGAAAUGGGACCCAUAGGUUUCUUUCAACCAUCAACUCAAGACAACAUAUCUGCAACAAGAAAAGCCAUUGAUGCUCAAGAAAACAAAAAUUACUAAUACUAAAAUGUACAUAACAUAAGGUGUUGUCAGGUUUUAGUGGAAAACAAAUGAAUAAGCUUUAAGAAAUUAAAGUUUUUAUAAAGAGAAAACUAUAACAUAAGUUUAUAGGAAUUUUUCCCUUUGAAUUCUGAUUCAAGCUUUAUCACAUCUUUAUUUAAUACUAGAAUUAUUAUUUACUUUGCUGGAAAUAAUGGAAACCAAAUGGAAACCAAAUACUCAAGACAAUAGAAAGAUAAGACUUUGUGUAUUGUUACUAAAGCUGUUCCAGUUGAGUGAUAGUGACUAAUAGUCGCUAAAUAAAAACUAUUAGGUAGUAACUA